GAAUUCGGGACCACUCGAGUGGUCUGGAUUCGGGACCACUCGAGUGGUCUGAAUGAGGUCUGAAUUCGGGACCACUCGAGGUCCCACAGCCGCCACAUUCCACACCCACAGUGGCGCCGCACGGCAUUGUGGGUCUCCGCGCAUCCACAGCCAUGGCCGCUUCGCUGUCGCUCACCCAGUUGUCAAGUGGCAACCCCGUGUAUGAGAAAUACUACAGGCUGGUGGAUCCGGGCAACAAUGGCAGAGUUGGGGCCUCUGAAGCGGCAUUGUUCCUGAAAAAGUCCGGUCUCUCGGACCUCACGCUUGGCAAGAUAUGGGACCUGGCUGAUGCAGACAGGAAGGGCUGGCUGGACAAACAGGGAUUCUAUGUGGCCUUGAGGCUGGUGGCGUGCGCUCAGAACGGGCACGAGAUUGCGCUGAGCGCCUUGAGCCACGUCAUCCCUCCGCCCGCAUUCCAAGAUACAGGUAGUCCCCAGCUUGGUUCGUCUGCACAGAACCCAGAGGCCUUUUGGGUUGUUAAGCCUGAUGAGAAGACCAAGUUCGAUGGCAUCUUUGAUAGCCUGGGGCCGGCAAACGGCCUGCUGUCUGGUGAGAAAGUCAAGCCCGUGCUCAUCAACUCGAAUCUUCCCAUGGAGGUGCUGGGCAAGGUUUGGGACCUGAGUGAUAUAGACAAGGAUGGCCACCUGGACCGUGAUGAGUUUGCAGUGGCCAUGCACCUGGUGUAUCGAGCCUUGGACAAGGAGCCUGUGCCGUCCGUGAUCCCGCCCAAGCUGGUGCCGCCCGCCAAGCGCCCCUCUGCUGCCGCCGCCGGCGGAGGCGGCGUCAAGCACCCCGGGAUGCUGCCCGGCGCCGUGCCCGUGCUGCCGUCGUCGCCGCCGCCCCCCCGUGACAGCCUGCGCUCCACGCCGUCGCACGGCAGCGUGAGCAGCCUGGCAAGUGGCGGGAGCCUCUCCCCCAAGCUGCAGCCACGCCUGCUGCAGCAGACGCACACCACCUGGGUCGUGACGCCGGCAGACAAGAUAAAAUAUGACGAAAUUUUCUUGAAAACCGAUCUGGACAUGGACGGCCUUGUGUCUGGCCUGGAAGUGAAGGACAUUUUCAUGCAGUCGGGCCUUCCGCAGGCUGUCCUCGCUCAAAUCUGGGCCCUUGCGGACACGAGGCAGCAGGGCAAGCUGACGCAGGACCAGUUCGCACUGGCCAUGUACCUUAUCACACAGAAAGUGAGCAAGGGCGUGGACCCUCCGGUGACGCUGAACGCCGACAUGAUGCCCCCCUCAGAGCGCGGGGUCUCCACCACGGACGGCGCAAGUGGCGUGGGAUCGGCCGACUUCUCCGCCAUCAAGGAACUGGACGCCAUCAGCGCAGAGAUCACCGAGCUACAGCGAGAAAAAGCUUCCUUGGAGCAGGACAUCCGCGAGAAGGAAGAGGCCAUCAGAUACCAAACCAAUGAGGUGCAGGACAUGCAGGGGGAGCUGGACAGGGAGACCAACACCCUGCAGGAGAUGCAGAGCCAGAACCAGGGCGCUCAGGAGCGGCUCGGAGAGUUGGAGCAGCAGAGAGCCAAGCUGGAGGCCAUGCUGUCCGACCUACAACUCAAGUGCCAGGAGGAGACGCAGACGAUCUCGUCGCUGCGGGUGCAGAUCGCGGGCCAGGAGUCGGCGCUGCGCUCGCAGGAGGAUGACCUGAGCAAGGCCAAGGGAGAGCUGAGCCGUCUGCAGCACGAGGAGAACCAGAUGGAGCAGAGGCUGGAGGCCGGCAAGGCGCACCUAGAAACCAUCGUGCGCUCUCUGCAGGCCACGCAGCAGGAGAUCUCCCAGGUGCGUGGCAUGUUGGCUCAACUGACAGAUCCUCAGGGUGCUGGUGGCUCGCUGAACGGAUCCCUGGACGUGCCAAAUGCCGCCGAGGUGGACUCUCGCUCAUCGCCGUUUGCCUCCAGAUCUGGGGAGGAUCCCUUUCACUCCAAAGCGCCAAUGUUCCCUCCGUCAUCCGCUGAGGGCAAGAAGGACCCCUUCCAAAAGGAGCACCCCUUUGCUACAGAAAGCGUCUUCAAAGCAGAGGAUCCCUUCAAAGGAAGCGAUCCUUUCCAGGGAGAUCCGUUUGCAGGCCAAGAAUCAAUAGCAGACCCAUUUGGCGAGGACCCAUUCAAGGGCAGCGACCCCUUUGGAGGCUCCUCUGCCGGGAAGCCCGGCAAGUCCAGCCUCGCCACCACCACUACCACCUCCUCCACCUCGACGCCGGCUCCCAAAGAGCCCUUCGGCAAGCCGAGUACCGGACCAGGUCUCUUCGCUAGCAGCAGCAGCAGCACCACGAGCGACCCCUUCUUGAAGGCCACUGCCGGCGCUAGUGGUGGCGGCGGAGGUGGUGGUGGCGGUCGCUCCGAUCCCUUCUCGAAGCCCGGGGCUUCGUCUGCGGAUCUGUUCUCGAGGGCAGGCAGUGACGCCGACCCGUUUAGGUCCAAAUCGGCGGGGCCAUUCUCCAAGGCAAUCGCCGAAGACCCCUUCUCAUCCAACAGCUCGGACCCGUUCAACAGCAGCACCACCACCACCAAGGCCGACCCGUUUAAAGCUUCAGACCCGUUCGCUCCGGGGGGAGUUCGACCGACUUCUGGUGAGCCUCGUUCGCCACCGGGCAGUGCUGACCCGUUCUCAUCACUGGAUCCGUUUGGGAGCAGCACGUUUGACAGCCAGGGCUUCGCCGACUUCGGGAAUUCAUCUCGACCCGGCAGCACGGACCCCUUCUCCGACUCGUCUGGUGGGGCGGCUGCGGGCGACCCGUUUGGCAGCGGCGCUUUCGGUGGCGGCGACGACCCGUUCCGCUCUCGCGAGUCCGUGCCAAACCUGCCGCCCAAGAGGAGCGCACCACCACGGCCCAAACCCCCCUCCUCCUCCGGGACGUCCACGCCCACUAAGCGAGCCGAGGCAUCAGACGCCUCGCUCCCUUUCCAGCCUUUCGGUGGUGGGACUGAUCCAUUUCACUCUAGAGGGGGGUUUGAGGAGGAAGGGUGCGGCCGGACCGACCCAUUCUCGGGCACGCAGCCAGCGCCAGGCAAAAGCUCUAAGGGGUUCGGCCAGUUCGGCAGUGAGUCGGACCAGAUGGCGUGGGCCACGUGGGAGAGCGAGCGAGCGGAGCGGGAGCGUCUCGAUCGGCUGAAGCGGCAAGAGCAGGAGGAUCUGGAGCUCGCCAUCGCGCUCAGCAAAUCCGAAAUGUCCAAGCCGUGACACGCGGCCGCCUCCGCUCCCGGUCUAUCUUGCAAGCGGAAGUUGACGCCGGUGGGGCGGGCGGGCG